GAAUAUGGCAUCAGACCUUCUUCGCCCUUUCUUACUGGUAGAUGUGGGAGAUGAGCGCAUGAUCGACGGGCAGUCGAGCGGCGCACCCAUCUCGUGAGACGCAGUGGGCGUCACAAUCCGUCUCGGUCAGGCACAGAUCUCCAGCAGACUGUAUCGCUAUUCUAUCGAGGCCUGCCUCUAUGGCAGAAUCAGUCGUGCGAAUGAGAUUGCCAUGAUGUGAGACAGGGUGGUGAGGCGGUGAGGUGGUGAGGUCCGGAGCGGAAGAAGUCGCCUGCCGGCCGGCCAAAUUGACGCGGAGCGGAAACGCGCCUCUCUGGACGCGCUUCGACUUGGACUUUGGAAUCCAACACUCAUUGUUACCUCCUCCCCUUCCACACGACCGCCAACAUGAGCGAGGAUGUCGCUCGCAAUGGUCUCGUCGAGCAAUUUGGUCGCCCUCUCGCAGAUCAUGCAGACAGCAUGACCGAGUGUCUCUCUCUGCUGCGCCUCUACUCCCUCACACCGCAGACCCUCUUCUAUCGCUGGGAAGCAUUCGCUCUCAGCUCUCUCCCUUCGGAGGCGCGCGCGAAUCCGACAUUGCAAGACUUCAGAGCGCUCCGUCAACACCUUCAGUCCUCACUCGAGACGGCUAAUGCAUCUUCUUCUUCCGCGGGGGCCUACGCGCAGACGCCAAAGAAAGAUGGACUUGCUGGUUUCGGUGCCGGCUCGGCGGGGCGUACCGGAGGGGCAAGUGCGAGGAAGAUGAUGGGAUUGGGUGGGCUCAUGGGAUCCGCUCCCAGCUCGACCUCGAUGCAAACCCCUUCACGCCCGUCAGCGCUUAGUCGCGGGUCGCGACCCACGGCAGGAGGUGUUGGGGACGAUUCGAUGGAGAUGGACGACUCGCCUCUCCGACCAGGCGCAGCGAGGGCUAAUGGCGGCCAACAAUCAUCUGGGCCUGCGGGAGCUUGGCAUGCAACGCAGACAUUGAACAGCAAGAUUCCUGCGAGCAACGGUGACGAAUCACGAGGCUCCUCGUCGCGCGUAGCAUUGGCUGUGGGGACCGACCCGAGGAAAUGGCAAUACCGCUACAUGUUCGAGCGCGGUGGAGAGCGAGGAGAGGCUUUGGACGACUCCCUCGAAUCCUACUCCUCCCUCAUCCUCGAGACGUACAACAUCAGCGAAGAAGACCUAGGCGACCCGUCCCACACGCAUCAGCAGUCUGUCUACGUCGUGGGCCGUAUCACGCCCAACCUGACCGCGAUGACCGCGAAAGCAUCAGACAACACCGCAGCCACAGCCGGUGGUCUCCCGCGCCUGAAGCCGAGCGCAGACGGGAUCCUCAUCGAGUCCUCCAAGCUGCAAGGCGCAGGAGCACGCGUGCCUAUCAGAUUUGAGAAAGAUUGCACGAUCCGUCGCCCACCGGGUGACAUGGACGCCGACUCAGGGCCGUCCUCCCCCGCAGAGCUCCUCGGCCUCUUCCCCGGUCAAGUGCUCUGUCUCAAAGGGCGCAACGGUGGCGGGUCCGUCUUCGGCGUAGAGGAAGUACUUCUUCUCCCUUCCCUCUACCAGGCCUCAACUGCUCCCUCGCGUUUGCUCGAGUUGCAGCAUACUGCUCCGAAUCACCUCCGCGGCCAGGCGCUGAAUAUCGCUGUAGCCUCGGGACCUUAUACAGCGGAGAUGGAUCUAGACUUCGCGCCAUGGCAUGCAUUGAUGGAUAAUGUGGCGCGAGAGGCGGUGGACGUGCUCGUCCUCCUAGGUCCCUUUAUCCCGCUCUCGCACCCGCUCCUCCCCACCUCGCAACACCUCCCUGCCGACCUCUUCAAACAGCACUUCGCCUCCCGCCUCAACAGCCUCACCUCCCCCUCGGGCUCCGCAGGCACCACCCCGAUCCUCCUCCCCUCCGUCCUCGACGCCCUGACCUCGCAUGCGGCCUGGCCUCAGCCGAAGUAUGAUGCUGCUGAGCUUGGCCUGAGCAAGAAGACGAAGCUGCUACCAAAUCCGUGCUUGUUCAGUGUAAACGAGGUGGUCGUCGGAGUGAGCACGGCGGAUGUCCUGAGGGAUUUGAGGGGAGAGGAGCUGGUCGUGCGACUCAAGAACGCAGCAGCGCAGACAGGAGGGGCAACACCUCCAACACCGCAGAAGGAGGACGUCAUCGCUCGCGCUGUGCGACACAUCAUGUCGCAGCGAAGCUUCUACCCCCUCUUCCCACCCCCACAACCACGUCCGGCCCCCGGCGCGAGCUCAGAGGAAGCGCCCCUCCCCCUCUCCCUGCCACACCAACACCUCGCCCUCUGGCAGUCAGUCACGCCUGACGUCCUCUUACUGCCUUCUUGCUCCCUAGCCCCAUUCGCAAAGAUUGUCGACGGGACCAUCGUGAUCAACCCUGGACCGGCUGCAGGUGGAGGGGACGAGGGACAAUCGCAAGAGGAGGGGAAAGCAGCCAAGCUUACCAUCCUGCCAUUAUCGCGCGCUGAGCUAGAGCAACAAGUCAACGCGGAGGACGAACCGAGAGGACAUGACGUGUGGAGUAGGACGAGGGUAGAUUUGUUGGGAGUGCCGUUGCGCAGGUAGAGGGGCGCGCAGAGGGACUUCUAUUGCUCGAAGCUGGUAAUGCUGAUGUAGACUACGCGACGCGACGACAGACCCAAACCCGCUCCCUUCUCUUGACACCGAGUGCUGC